AGAUCAAGUGAGCGUUGCGAUAUUCUAGGGUAGCGUGUACAGCGUCGUUUUAGAUCGAAGCAAUCUUUCUGGUUUAGAAUGGUGGAUGCCAUACUAUACAGUAGCAUUUACCUCCGACAGUGAUUAUGCACAAUAUCAUUUAACAGUGAUUAAAAGUGUUAAAAAGUAAUCUAAGGAAAUGAAAAGAUGUCCCAAACAUGCUUAAAUCGGACAGGACGAUAACCCCAUCGUUUUCACGUUGUGAACAUUUAAAAAAAAGUGAAUCAGUGUGAGUGUUGUGAGAGUGUCAGGUUGCGAUGAGGCGGGGGGCGGGAGUGCCCCCGCGCCUCUUAUCAGUUGAUAAGGCGUCGUGGCGGCCCGAGGCAAGCGAGGUAUCGGCAAACGUGGUGAAGUCUUCAGGGUGACCAGGCUGCUUGGACCAAAGCGGCCGCCGCCCGCAAUGCUGCAUUCACUAAACGCGCUGGCGGGCAAGAUCUCGCCGGGCGGCGGCCUCGACACUAACGCGAACCGACAUUCGCACCCCAACCGAAACCACAAGGCGUCCUCGCCCUCUGCACCCUACUCUAAGCCCAAUGGGAUGAGUAUGAUCAACAACAACAACAGCACAAGUAUCAACAACAACAACAAUGAGGACGAGAAGGCGGAUAUGCCCGACCCCGAUUACAUUAAGAUGUUCGUGGGUCAGGUGCCGCGCAGCAUGGACGAGAACGACCUGCGCAUGAUGUUCGAGGAGUUCGGCCGCGUGCACCAGAUCAACGUGCUGCGCGACAAGAUCACCGGCGCGAGCAAAGGGUGCUGUUUUGUGACGUUUUUCACCCGCAAAGCGGCGCUGAAAGCGCAAGACGCUUUGCACAAUAUCAAAACGCUGAGCGGGAUGCACCAUCCAAUCCAAAUGAAACCGGCUGACAGUGAAAAUAGAAAUGAACGCAAGCUGUUCGUGGGGAUGCUCAAUAAGAAGCUGUCGGAGAACGACGUGCGAGCGCUGUUCGCCGGGCAUGGUGCCAUCGAGGAAUGCACCGUGCUGCGGGACGCGCAGGGUCAGAGCAAGGGCUGCGCGUUCGUCACGUUCGUCUCUAAGCAGGCGGCCAUCGCUGCCAUUAAGACACUGCACCACAGCCAGACUAUGGAGGGUUGUUCAGCCCCGCUGGUUGUGAAAUUCGCCGACACGCAAAAAGAGAAAGAGCAGAAGAAGCUGCAGGCGAUGCAGGCGAGCCUGUGGGGGCUGACGACGCCGGUGACGCCGACGGCGUACCUCGCGUCGGAGGCGGCGCUCUCGCCCGCCACCCAGCUGCAGCUGCUGCAGCAGUUGCAGGCGGUGGGGCUGCAGCAGCAGUUGCUGCAGGGCCAAGGAUCCACGCUGCUUCAAGGUGUUAACUAUCAGGAUAUCGCUUUCAAUGGCGCAGGCUUGAGCGGCGGGACAGUGAGCGGGGUGGGCGGAGUGACGUCCAUGGGUGGCGGGGCCGCCGACCAGCUGGGCGGGCUGCUCGCGCCGGUGUCGGUGCAGAACCUGGCGGCUCUGGCAGCUAUGACGCAGCCCGUGGUGACGCAGGCGGCGCCCAUAGCCCCCGCUGCCGCGCCUCAGCCGGCGGCGCCACAAUUAUGUCUUCUCGGGAAGACUAACAUAACAGGGUCUACAGCGGAGCCACUGAGCUCUGCGUACGCGGCGCAGUUUGGCAGCGCAUUCGCGGCCGCGCCGCUCGGUUCCGUGCUCGGCUCGGCCGCCGCGGCCGCUGCGGGCAAGCAGGUCGAAGGUCCAGAAGGCGGUAACCUGUUCAUAUACCACCUGCCGCAGGAGUUCACCGAUACGGAUCUCGCUUCGACCUUUUUACCCUUCGGGCACGUGAUUUCGGCCAAAGUGUUCAUAGACAAACAGACCAACCUCUCCAAGUGCUUCGGCUUCGUGUCCUAUGACAACGCCGCCUCCGCACAGGCCGCGAUACAAGCCAUGAAUGGCUUCCAAAUAGGUACAAAAAGACUCAAAGUUCAAUUGAAACGUUCCAAGGAACUCUCGAGACCGUACUAGACAUAGACAACUUGUUCCUAGUGAUUGAUUUUUCAAAAAAAAACUAGAAACUAUGCAAAGGUUGUAAGUAUUUGAACGUUUGUUGUGAUGUAAACCGGUGCACUUUGAACUGACAGAUAGAUAAGGUUCGUACGAAAACGCGAGUCCAUGUGCACAGUUGUUAACUAAUAAGUAUAAGGUUAAGGUUUGUGUCAAAGGAUUUAUCGUUUCCAAAGUAUUCCCCAAAUUGUUUAUUACUUAUUCAUAUUUUUUAACUUAUAAGUUUUAGUCACUUUAAGCGUAAGUUCAACGCGUUUAGCAAGCGAUACUUUAUGCACCAAAGAAAUGGUACCAACCGAGCUAACAGUGUCGAUUCAUACGCUCAUGGAAUAACUCAAAUUACGUACGUGUUAAAAAUACCUAUAUAUUUUGCCAUCCAAAGCUUAUUACCGGUGAACAAACGCCGGAACUACCAAAUGAGUAUUGCUACCUAUUUUCAUUGUUUUGUUCGUCAUAUUAUAGAACAACUUUAUAUUUAGAUACUUAAGUAGAUAUUUCUUCGUUAUAUUAAUUUUCUGUGUUACCGAUAUAAUUUGUUGUGUUAAAGUAAUCCACGUGGCCAUUGCAGUUUUUGUUCAAAUAAUAUUAGAGUAACGAAUCGAUCUCAAAGUGAUCAGUGUAUUUAUUUUACCUGACUUGUUGUCAAUAGUGUACUUAAACUUGUAAUUUUGUUUGUAAGACUGCCUACCGUGAACGUUUCUAUCGCUCUAUUGACCCGAAAUAUGUGAAUUAUUCAUAUUACGUAGUAGAUAUCUCAAAUGUUUUAUUCAAAUCACGAAAUGUAUAUAUACAUUGUAUUUUUCUCCAUGAUACUCUUAAUAUCUGUCUAAUUUGAGUACAGUCAACUGUAAAAAUAUGGGUGUACUUAGCCAACUUAUUCAAAAAUAUGUCCUAUAGUUCUUAAUUCGCUGAGCUAUGGGCCAUAUUUUUGAGAUGAUUUGUGCACCCAUAUUUUUACAGUUGACUGUACCUUAAACAUAAAUUAUAAUACUGACUUUAGACCACGAGUGAAAUGGCUCUCAAAAGAAAAAGGUUAUUUUCGGUGUAGCGUAUGGAUAUUUGAGAUAUCUAGUACCUAGGUGCAAAUAGUAAAUAUUUCCUUCUUGUCGUACUUGUUUGUGUGUAACUUAUACAUAAUUAUAUAUCUGUAAAGUAUAUUCAAUUGAACCGUUUACUGGUCGACCGUCUAGACUAUAUUCGGCGUACUACUGACAACCCAUUACGGGGAUUCGUUUUACCAUGAUCCCAUGAGUCUUUUAUUUAACACAUCGAACACUGGACCUUUAGUCAAAAUUUUAUUAGGUUUAAGUAUUUAAUAUUUAGAAUAUUUUCGUACGUAAGUUUGGUAUUCGAACAUCGCCCUUUAUGAGCACUAAAACAUUCUGAAGAAUAUGGCUCGGCGACAUUAUUAUGUUAAUUGCUCAUAACAUGGGUUCAGGUACUUAAAACUGUUUGCCAAUACAUUUCACUUCUUAUAUCACUGGCACAGUUUGCUCUUUAUAUUGUACGUUAUUAUAAUAAUAUAAUUAAACUUUACUUCUUACACUUUUUGUAAUUUUAGAUGCUUUUUCUUUAAUUAUAAUAACUCCAAUAUGUAUGUUAAAGCCUACAAGCGGAUACUAACUCAUGAGAGUAGGUAUUUUAACUUGUCAGAAUCAUAAUCAGGCGUUGACUAGACCUAGAGGUACCUAUCGAUCGUAUUUUAUUUACUUGUGUAAAUGAUGUUUUAGAAAUUCGAGUUGUGCCGGCCCGUUAUGUUCCAACUACCCACAAACGACCAAUUAAAAAAUGUAAAGUACCUAACCUGUCACUUUAAGUUAUAGACUUAUAGUUAAUAUUCUACGUGUUUAUUUUUGUCGUUUAAAGAACUGAUGUAGAUCAUCAUUGUAAUAGCUUAAUUAAAUUUAGUUGAGUAUUAUAUAUUAAAGAGAGGAUUAUAAGAUGGUUUAUAAGUUAUUUACUCUAAUUUAGUCAUGUUUUGAUGUCUGAAAAAAGACAAUAUUUAGACUGAAUAAGUUCCGUUGUAGGUGUUGCAGUUAGUGAUUCAGUCAUUGUCUAGUGAUUCCUUUAUUUAGGGUUCCGUAGAACCUAUAUGAUUAUAGCUUUUCGUCGUUCUUUUUUCUUGUUGUAAGAUAAAUUAUUAUUAGAAGGGGAAUGUAUUUCUUUAAAUUUUAUUUUAACGUUUUGGUAGGUUAAUUAAAAAAUGGGACACGACCACGAGAUCAGUCUGUUAACUUAUAGGUAUGAUUUUAAAAAUACUUGUCAAAAAUGCUAGUGUGGAGGGUUUUUUACCUACUUAAUAUUUCUUAGGUAUGUAUAAGGGAGACCUCAUUGUUGUUGUGCAUGAAAAAUGCCUUUUGGACUUUGCAAGUUUGCAUGUGAAAUAAAGAUUUCAGUUCUCGUAGAUUAAUGCUGUUACAUCCGAGUUUCCUGCCAAAACACUGACAGCCAAAAUUUAUUUUGUAGUCAUUAUAAAGUUGUAUAAAUCCGUAUUUGACAUUUAAAAAAAUAUUGUGUUCGUCCGACAUUGAAGUUUACCAAGGCAUGUGGGAAAAUUUGAGAGAGGUAGUUGCACGAAGCGAAAUAAUAGACGUCAUUACAAUUUCCCUCCAAGAUAACAUGUUCUUAGUUCAUAGUCCUUAUAUAAAAUUCGUUUUAUGUAAAAAGAUCAGCCAUGGGGACUAUUUUUUUUUAUUUAGAUAUGGAAAUUGCGUUGAUAAAUAAUAAUAUACUAUUUUAAAAAGGUACAAGAUAGCAUUUUGUGUGUGUUGCCGUGACAGAUUAUAUUUCGCUUCCUCGAUUAAGGAAUAUGCUAAAGAAAUGAGAGAGAACAUGAUAAUGAAAUGGCUAAAUAUGUUCCAUAUGCAAGAAAUAUCAAAGCAACAGAACGAGACAAUGUCUGAUACCGCGUUACUUUGCAAGUUUGCAGCGGACUCUCAGCAGCCAACACGGCUCUGGGCAUUUCUAUUUAAAGUUGUACUUGCAUUUUAGAUUUCGAAAUUUUUAUAUUAUUUCCACAGCCCUUUCGAUCCUAAUACAAGAAAAAAAGUGUCCCCGAAACUUCAUACAAAUUUAGGGCCGAUUUAGACGGCGCGCGAACUCUCAUGCGAUUUUAGUUACAUUGCGGACUGCUGGUGACGUCCGACCGAUCAAAAACCGCAAUGUAAUGAAUCUCGCACCGUCUAAAGCGGGCCACAGACCAUCAGUUUUAACUGCACAGUUUUAACUGUUCAGUCAAACUGUUCAGUUAAAACUGACAUCCCUUGUGACUACACACUUUAGUUUUUUUAGUUAGUUAUCCUUUUCGCUUGAAGUAAGACGUUUAACGGAAUCAUGGAUGACGCUUUGGCAGUUAUUGGAUUAUUGUGUAUUUUAGAAAAAAGAAGACAAAGCAGGAAAAUAAUGUGGUGUACACAUUAGUUACAGAGAAAACAAUAUACUUACGCAUAAUAAUUUACUAAAGGAGAUAAGAAUUAUUUAACCCUUUUUGUGUUCUUUAUUAUAAGCACAACGUAAAUUAUUGACUUUUUAAACAACCGCUGCUUUGUCACUAGUAGGUUCAACCUCUCGAAGUUUAACCAAUAACCUCCUGUAGACUGCCACUUUUUUGUCACGAUCGUGGUACUUUACCUUACUUUCCACAAGGAAAGGUUCAGAAUGAUAUAAAUCGAUAAAUUCUUCGCAAUAGAAAACGUGCUCACUGCAAUGAAGAUUCGUCGAAACUGACAACAAAACAGUUUUUUGCCACAGACCAUCAGUUUUAACUGAACAGUUUCAACUGUACAGUUUUAUCUAAUGAAAUUUCGAUUAGAUCGUCAGUUCAACUGCACAGUUCAAAGAUUUGCCUACACACGUACGUUUUAACUGAAUAGUUUGACUGAACAGUUAAAACUGUGCAGUUAAAACUGAUGGUCUGUGGCCCGCUUAAAUGAAUCCUUAUGCUGUCCAUUUUGUUACGGUCAUAGAAGGUUGUAUUAAAAACCAUAACCAAAUGACCCAAAAUUUUUGGGACAGGUUUUUUCUCAGUAAAAAUGAAAAACGCUCGUGAUUCUGAGUAGAAAUAAUAUAAAAAAUCCCAAUUCUAAAACAAAAAAAAAUUGGUACAACUUUAAAUAGAAAUGCCCCUCUAUUAUUUGUUUAGAAUUCCAUUCUACAAGCACUCAUGAUUUUAGUGAGAUUUAUUAAACAUGCCACCCCGUCGUCCACACUGAUAACUAAUAAUUCAUAAACCAUAUUGCAGAAACAAGGUUUACUAUUGUCAGUUUAAAAAUUAGUCUUAUAGUUCUAUGUAACUAAUUUACCGUUAUGCAAAACUGAUGAAGUGUAAGUAGUUGCCAACCACACAAGUAGCUUAACCUGCCGAUGCUAGGAGUUAAAAUUUAUUUUCCUUAUCCUGGAUUAUUGAUAGAGCUCAUUAAUUAUAAGAACUGGCCAAAUCCAAACGACUACGCAAUACAAAGUAACUGCUAACUUCAGGUAUUUUGUUACUUGUCAGCUUUAUUGUAUACCGCAAUUUAUGAAGUACCCAUUCAAUUUAGUUAAUCUUUGUAACGAGUCUAAGAAAUAACAUUUCUAAAUUGACCCAUAAAUAGGACAGAAUAAUUAAGUCCAUAUUGUACCAUGUCAGCAUAUCCUAAAAUACGGACGUAAAUUUAUUUUUACACAAUUUCGAGGCACCUUAUUUAGUAUACAAUGGUAAAAAAAUAAUAUAAAAGAACUGUUUUAUACAACACCUGUUUUGUUGAUAUGAAUGUAAAUAAAUGUCAAGUUUAAAAAACAAAA